CGGGAAAAAAGGGGCGUUUCCGGGGAGACGCCUCACGAGAUGGAGGUCGAGGAGCGAAAUGACGUGGUGGAGGUUGCUUCCGGGAGCUCCCAGGAGCCAGGGCCCUCCGCCGCCGGGGCCCCUCAGCGCAUGCUGAUCUUUGACACCCUGGUGGACAGGUUCCUGGAAGGGCUGGUGGAAGCGGGAAGGUAGGACGCCACUUCGCAAUCUGAUUGGUGGGAUGUGCCUGUCCGCUGUGACGUGAUUGGCCGCGGCGAGAGUGGAACUGGAAGCUGAUUGGUUGAAACAUUUCGCUUAACUGUGAUUGGUUAAAAUUAGUUAUGGUUAAUAACUGUACCUGGGCUGAGGAGCUUGCACUCUAAUAAAGCACAGGGAAUAUCAGGAAUCCAAACACUGAUUAUAUCCCCUGGGCUGAGGAGCUAGCACUCUAAUAUAGCGAGGCACCGGGAAUAUCAGGAAUCCAAACACUGAUUAUAUCCCCUGGGCUGAGGAGCUUGCACUCUAAUAAAGCAAGGCACAGGGAAUAUCAGGAAUCCAAACACUGAUUAUACCCCCUGGGCUGAUGAGCUUGCACUCUAAUAAAGCGAGGCACAGGGAAUAUCAGGAAUCCAAACACUGAUUAUAUCUACUGGGCUGAGGAGCUAGCACUCUAAUAUAGCAAGGCACCGGGAAUAUCAGGAAUCCAAACACUGAUUAUAUCCCCUGGGCUGAGGAGCUAGCACUCUAAUUAAGCAAGGCACAGGGAAUAUCAGGAAUCCAAACACUGAUUAUAUCCCCUGGGCUGAGGAGCUAGCACUCUAAUAAAGCAAGGCACAGGGAAUAUCAGGAAUCCAAACACUGAUUAUAUCCCCUGGGCUGAGGAGCUAGCACUCUAAUGUAGCAAGGCACCGGGAAUAUCAGGAAUCCAAACACUGAUUAUAUCCCCUGGGCGGAGGAGCUAGCACUCUAGUAAGGCGAGGCACCGGGAAUAUCAGGAAUCCAAACACUGAUUAUAUCCCCUGGGCUGAUGAGCUAGCACUCUAGUAAGGCGAGGCACAGGGAAUAUCAGGAAUCCAAAUACUGAUUAUAUCCCCUGGGCUGAGGAGCUUGCACUCUAAUAAAGCAAGGCACAGGGAAUAUCAGGAAUCCAAACACUGAUUAUAUCCCCUGGGCUGAGGAGCUUGCACUCUAAUAAAGAAAGGCACAGGGAAUAUCAGGAAUCCAAACACUGAUUAUAUCCCCUGGGCUGAGGAGCUUGCACUCUAGUAAAGCGAGGCACAGGGAAUAUCAGGAAUCCAAACACUGAUUAUAUCCCCUGGGCUGAUGAGCUAGCACUCUAAUAAAGCAAGGCACCAGGAAUAAUCAGGAAUCCAAACACUGAUUAUAUCCCCUGGGCUAAAAAGCUAGCUGUGGCGGAACCAACCUCGCCACUGUCCACUGGAGAAGCCUGGUUGCUCGCCUGCUCCCUUUAGACUAUGGCCCUGCAGUUAAAACCGGUUAUCUUCCCUGUUGAAAGGUUUAUUCCUGCAUUUCUGCCGGGGUGUUCAGUAGAUUCAAUCUACCAAACAAAGUAACGAACGAUGGACCACCUGGGAAUUGGAGUGUGCCGCCAAUUGACCGCCCAGAAGCUGCGGUUAACCGCAGCUUAAUUGAUUAACGCUGGGUGGCCUUCGUUCGUUUGCCAAACACGUGGCAGCGGCCAUUUUAGCUCCCGAACAGCCAGCGGUGUUCAGCGCCCAAACUAUGGAACUGAAAACAGACACUUAUUUGCGCGAACACCGCUGAGCCGCCAGCCUCCUUACCUCUGCAUUCGGUAGUGGAACCGAAUCACUGUUAAUUCAGCAGUUUGACCGUAUGAGCAGCAUCACCCCAGAUAGCCAUGCCAUGGAGCCUAUUCGUGUAACGAAAGACUUUGGCUCCAUGGUGAUUGGACUGUAUGUAUUCGGUAGUAACGUGCGCUCAGAUCUAAGCUAUCUGGGGAUAUGUAGAAUGUAUAUAUUUUAUGUGACAAAUGGAACAUUAUGUAUUUUAGUGUUUUAUUACAACCAUGUGGAGUUUUGCCUCUGUCCUUGGAGAUAAUUGGAUGACUUCCCAAUUAUCUCCAGGACAGAGAGGAGGGAUUGUGAUGCAUUGUGGGAUUGUAAGCUUGUUCUUGGUUAAGGUCCAAUAUGUUUACCAUCUGGUCCCCUAGGGGAGUGUCCCCCAGGUGGGAGACCUGCAUAAAAGCCGGGCAGUUAGUCCCAGUAAAUCAGUUCCUGCUUGACCCUCAAAACGAAGUGUCGUCUCGUUCUUCCGGGGAAUUGGAUUGUAAGCGGAUUGUAUGAUUUUCCUGUUCGGCUGUUUCCAAGUGUUCGUGUGUUCCCUGUUCGGGAGUUGGAGAAUUCGUGUAGUUUGCAGUUCGGGAGAUUGGUGAUCGCAGUAGCUGUCUGUGCAGCUGAAAGGGGAAUAUCGCCUAAACUGUUUUUAACCUCUUGUGUGCAAAACGGUCCGUUACACUAGCCCUCUAAUAAAGCAAGGCACAGGGAAAAUCGGGAAUCAAACUCUGAUUAUAUCCCCUGGUUUAAAGAGCUAGCACUCUAAUAAAGCAAGGCACCGGGAAUAUCAGGAAUCAAAACACUGAUUAUAUCCCCUGGUCUGAGGAGCUAGCACUCUAAUAAAGCAAGGCACUAUGCCUUGUCCAGCGUCAUCCAAAACCCCAUAGUGAAGCAUUGUAUAAUGCUUCCCUCUGGGAAAAUCCUAAUGCGGCCAUUGCCGGGCAUGCAGAUUAGGUCUCCCCGUCGAUUGACGUCAAUAGGGGAGGAGCGAAUGCAGACCUAAGCCAGCGCCGAGGGACAUUGGUGCUAGACAGAGGGAAGUGACAGAAGGGGUCUGUUUUGGUGACUUUAGUGUCCCUUUAAAUGCAUAAGGUACUGAUAUAUUGGUUAACAGUGUUUACAGCAAUGUCACCAUACACUGGAUCAACCGCAUUAUGAAAUAUUGAUCUUUUGGUACCAAAGGAAGCCUUGAUUUGUUAGAUUUAUUCAAAACUGUCUGUCUGACUUAAGACCGACGCCUCCAAGCACCAUAACUACCACAAUGAGCAGUAGUGAAUUUGCUGGUUAGUGUCCCUAUUGUAUAUCCACAUCGUGAAUGUUUUAUCAAAUAUUUAUAAAAUGGCAGAAAUGCAUGUAUAUGCUGUUUAAAAUUCGUUUUAAUAGUUUUUUUUUGUUUGUUUUUUUUUUAAAGCUACUCAAGGUUUGCUCGUUGCUAUCGGCGAAUCUAUAAACUUCAACCAGAAAUAACCCGGAGCAUCUACGACCAGUUUGUAGCUCAGUUGCAGAAAUCCAUUAAGGUAACCUGCCUCCCAGAUUUGUCGACAAUGAAAAGAGACCCAAUAUAUUAAUUUAGUUGUGUUUCCAGUCACAAAAGGCACUUUAAAUACUUGAUAAAUAAUAGUGGUGAUACCCCAGCAACUGUACUCCGUGCUCAAAGAAACCUAACACCAUAAGACUAUUAUAAAGUUUAACUAUAUAAUAAAACAUACAGUAAAAUAUCUUACUCUGGGCGAGUGUAAAGUGCUUAGGUGGUGAGAAUAUUGACAAAUUUAAAACUAACAAUAUGAUGUAAAAUGUCAGGAUUCUAAAUAAAUGUUGGGAGAAAAAAAUAUAGAUUCUAUAAAAAAGUGCAGAUAUGUACAGAAUAAUCUGGAUAGUUUUAGGACCAUUUAACAAAUAUCCCGUAAGUGAUAUAAUACUACCCACUUGAAGUUGGAGAAUUGUGUACCUUUAAGGCAGCUAGAGCAACCUGGGUUGCAUGAAAAGUGCUGGUGUGUAAAAUUGUGCGUAUCUUAAAGUGCUAGUGUAAAAUGUGUAAACAAAUUAUGCAAACUGUAUUUGUAUUGUGGGAGAGUGGGGCCCCAUACGCAUUUCACUUGCACGUUAUUGUCAGAGAUUACCUUUGAUUUCCCAUUGGGGGAAUAUAGCAUUGUAUAAGUUGGACUCACUUUCUUUGAUAAUGGACACAUUUUUAGAACAAGCUGGAGUCUAUACAGAACAUGCUGAGACCCUCCAAUUCACACAGGAGGAUGCUGCCGGCAUUUUAUGGGAACAAACUAGCCAGGAAUUACCACACCAUGUGACUUCUAAGGAUGUAGAUUCCAAAUAACUGUGUCUGCUCAAGAAAAGUUUUAUUAUAAAGCAAAAAGGAUUCCCCGUGGUUUUAGGUUGUUGAAUAUUCCAACCAUUGGAAGGGUUAUAGCCACUGAAUGCAGAGAUUGGACAGGUGUCCUUCAUAACUUUGUAGUUCCUGGUCCAAAUGAAUUGGAAACUAUUGGAGUACCUUGAUCAUUUUCUACAAAGGUGUCCUUCAUAAGGCCUCACUUGAUCUUAUGCUCAUCACUAUCAAGGAUGUCCGAACAGACCUUGUUGACAUUAAAAAAAAGAUUUUGGAUUUAGAGACAGAACAGGCCAUAUUACUUGCCUCUACAGAUGGAUUAAAGCUGCAGCAACAACUAAAGACAGAGCUCUUGAAAUAAAAAAUGAACUGAUACGGUUGAAGAGACAGAAGUUCGAAAGGGUCCAGCAAGAUUAUCCGGCUGUCCAGAGAUGGCCCACCGAGACCUAGGCGUCAGCGCAAGAGAAUAGUUCGCCCGAAGGUUUCCACGAUUGAUGUAACAUCUGGAGAAUCGGCAGAGAACGAAACGCCACCUGAUGCUGCCACUUUUUUAGGAACCCCGGAUGUGGGUACAAUUACAAGGAGCCGGGUACGAGGCGACGAAGGCUCUUAACUUGGAAAGGGCGCAGGGGAAAAAGAUGGGCCACGGGGCAAGCCACCUCUCAGGAAGUAGCACCCAUUUUCAACCUGUUGCACAGAUCACUUAGUGGUGCGGAGAUCAACAUUUUAAGUAGGGGACUCUCCUUUGUACCCACCUCAGGCCCUAAUCAUUUUAAAUAUAGCACUAAAUUGUUUCAAUUUGAUUUACUUAACAGUGACAGAAGAGAACUAGUAUGUUCUUCAUAUUCCUUCAAGCAUAACAGACAAUAGCACAGAUCAAUAUUCAGAACCCGAACAUCAGAGACUUAUUUAUACUUUCAUUGGUAAUAGAUUUUGAUGUGAGCAGACCCUCUCGGCUGUCAUUAGAAUGAUCAGAUUCUGGGAGAUAAUCUGAAUCCCAGCAAAACCUCCUUUGUACAGCAAUCUGAGUCUAAAACACUCUCGUGAUAUGACCAGCGCACUUUUAACUCCUCGUAUGUUUUGCCCAACAGGGAUGGCUCCUUUGCGUUUCUUAGAAACACAGUCUGGGGUGAGCGUAUUCAGGUUAUUGCGUCUAAGUGUUUUAAAUUUUAUGAGACGCUUUCUUACCAAAUAAUUUUGGUGAACAAUUAUUGUCCCCAGAGGUGGAUUGAAUUAACCAAAAAUGAUCAGUGUGAGGAGAGUUAGGGGUUUGAAAAAUAUCCUGUGUAAUGGACUUAGAUAAUGUCUUAGACAUGACAUCCAUAGCAGACUAAAUAGCCCGUGUAAAAGAUUUAUUAACAAAGUCCUCAGUUGUAGGCUGAACAGAUUGUGAUUUAUUUCAUUUAGAAAUUACAGCAGAUGAAUAUUCAACCUCACUUUGGCCAGCAGAUGGCACGAUAGAUUUAGCACCAGCGAUGUUUAAAUUGUUAGUCUUAGGCACUUUAAUUUAUGAUGAGGGAUAAAAAAAGAAAAUAGGGAAAAAUCAAAUUAAUAUGCUGAUAUAAGCAAUAACACGUUUCUGACAAGAAGAAGAGAUUUAAAUUAAGCUUCUAUAAAUAGCCAUAGAAUAAAUUGUAGGACCUGCUAGAUAAACUCCUCAAAACUCACAGGCGCCAGUUCAGGUAAUCAGAGUUAAACUCCGAAGCAAUUUUUUAGUCAGCCAACAAAACAAGCACCGCUAGGCUGUCAGGGCAACAAAGAAAAUCGGUCUUCAACAAAAAGGUUUAAAUCAGGCCUGCACAACCUGCGGCCCCACAGAUGUUUUUGAACUACAAUUCCUAUGAUUCUUUCAAUAAAACGGCCAACGCCCAUGUUUUUUUUUAUGAAACAGCCAGGAAAUCAUGGCUGAUAGCCAGGGGAUCAUGGGAGUUGUAGUUCAAAACAUCUGGUGUGCCACAGGUUGUGCAGGCCUGGCUUAAUCGCACAUGCGUGCAACUUUGCCAAAAUGGUCAACAGGUCUCGACCGCAACUGUUGGGCGUGAAACCAAGGAAACUCCUGAAUUAUGUAUAAAAGGCAAAACUAGAAAAAAUUAAUCCCAAAAAACUAAAAAAGUAAUGGGUAAUAAGAAACGGAGGAAAAUAAAAUAACCAAAUCUACUACAAUAACAGUCAAAAUUAAAAAAUACAAUGAAAUUAAUAGUAUAAUAAGACCUAGUGAAACUAUAGAAAAAGAUAACAAUUGGAUUUAAAGAAACUAUUUAAUUAAAGAGAUGAAGAAAAUGUAUAAAAUCAGAUAAAUUGCACUUAUCUGAGGAGCUAGAAAUAGAGCUUUAGAAUGUUUGCAGAAUCUUUCAUAACUUGGCUCAAAGCGGCACUGUCACGCCGAACUUACCUUUCUCCUAUUGUUUCCGCUUCUCUUCCUCUCUCACAAUCGAUUCUUCUUUUCUUCCUAUUCGAUCUUGUUUUCUUUUAAAGCAUAAGACAAAGUAGGGACUACCUUGUCUUAUGUAUUUUUCCUACACUUGAUAGUCUUUGACCAAAGGAGGAGCGUAAACCAGCUUUAUUUCCUGUGGUCAAAGACAUUUUCCCAUAAUACUCACCCUUUCCUCUGUGUUCUCAUGUUGCUUCACUCGCUGUUCCAAAAAUCCAGACACUAAAAUAUAAAUGCAUCUUCAUCCAGUGAGGGCUCCGCAGGGCGAGGAAAGGCUUAUAAAGCAGUGUUGCACAGUGUGACUGCCAUUUUGUGUCUCCACCCUCUGCAUGGAGACACUAAACUUUCCUCAUAGAGAUGCACUGAUUAAACUAAUCUCUAUGAGGAGAUGCUGAUUGGCCAGGGCUGUGUUUGAAUCAUGCUGGCUCUGCCCCUGAUCUGCCUCCUUGUCAGUCUCAGCCAAACCUAUAAGACAUCAUUGUAAUUGACUCAAAGAAUCACUUAUGAUGAGGUCAGCCAAGCAGGCAGAUCAGUGCAGAGCCAGCAGCAGCAGACUGUAAUAAACGUAAGAUUGUAUUAUAUUUAGUGGGGCUAGAUGGUGUUUUUAACUCUAUAGGGUCAGGAAUAAGUUUGUGUUCUUUUAAUAGUGUCCCUUUUUUGCCAAAAACCUUCACUUGUUUCAUUUUUCCAUUGAUUACAGAUAGUUACCAAUAUCCAUUCCUAGUGCUUGUGUAUCACACUGAUUUUACGCCUUUUUAUAAUUGCUCUAAUGUUUGCACAGUUGAGGCCAGUGGGGAAUUAUAAAGUCACAUUUUCCAAAAUAGAAAUUCAUAGUUUGUUUCCUCUAGGAUGAAAUACAAGAAUUAAAAGAAGAAGGGAAUCUGGAGGCGCUGCUUGACUCCUUGGAUAACCUGGAAACGGAGGCUGGGGGCAGGACAGAUCUCGAGUGGUGAGUUAAAGUGACACUUCACGUCCCAAAUGAAAGAAAGAAAAAAAUAUUUAUUUUAUUUAUAUAAUAUUUUACAAGGAAUUUUACCUGCAUUGGUACCAUAAAACACAUAACCAAUAUUAAUACACAACAUAUAUACAAAAUGUAUCAUAGAAUAGGUAAGAAAUAUAUAAUAAAUCAUGACAGGUGCAUUAUGUUUUGAGAUAUGUAGAGUGGGAUUUUAGGCUGGCGGGAGGUCGUUCCAUAAUUGCGGUGCUCUGUAGGAAAAGGAGGAUUGGGCCGCUUUCUUUUUGUAUUGAGGUAAACUAAAUAAAGUGCUUGUACUUAAUUGGAGGUUAUAAGAGGUAGGAACAGCCGAGGAGAGCAUUCUGCUCAGGUAGAGUGGGAGCUUCCCAGAAAAGCUCUUAAACACAAGGCUGGAAAGAUAAAGAGUGCGUCGGGAUUCCAGCGACAGCCUGUUUAGUUCAUUUAGCAUGUCACAAUGGUGGGUCCUGUAAUUACAUUGUAGCACAAGUCAACAGAACGAGUUAUACAAUGUAUUGACUUUAUUAAAGGACCACUAUAGGCACCCAGACCACUUCAGCUCAAUGAAGUGGUCUGGGUGCCAGGUCCAUCUAGGAUUAACCCUGCCUGCUGUAAACACAGCAGUUUCAGAGAAACUCUAGUGGCUGUCUCAUUGAGAGUCGCUAGAGGCACUUCUUCCGCGCUUCUCACUGUGAUUUUCACAGUGAGAAGACGCCAGCGUCCAUAGGAAAGCAUUGAAAAUGCUUGCUUUCCUAUGGACUGGCUGAAUGUGUGCGCGGCUCUUGCCGUGCAUGCGCAUUCAGCCGAUGAUGGCCAAAGGAAGAGGAGAGUCCCCAGCGCCGAGGGAGCCUGGCGUUGGAGAAAGGUGAGUGUUUAACUCCCUUCCUCCCCCUUCAGCCCGGCGGGAGUGGGACCCUGAGGGUGGGGGCACCCUCAGGGGACUAUAGUGCCAGGAAAAAGAGUUUGUUUUCCUGGCACUAUAGUGGUCCUUUUAAGGUGGAUUUGCGGUGCAGGUGCCUAUACUACAUCCCUAUAAUCAAUGAUUGGCAUCAGCAUUUGCUGUACAAUCCUUUCCUUUAAUCUGCACUUUUUUUUUUUUUUUAUCCAAUCAAUUUUUAUUGAGAUAAUAAAGUACGUGGGAAACAGAGGGAAAGAAGGAUAACAAUCAAGGUUUUACAUUCCUCCCAUAUCAAUGCUCUCGUCAAUUACCUUGGGUAGAAAACAAUAGUAACAAGCAACUUUUAGUGAACUGUGUCAAGCCCUCCAUGAGCGCCUUCGUGAGAUGAGGCAUUUAGUUUUGGGCUGUCAACCUGGUAGAACGCUCUUCUUGUCUCUUGGUUUCUCAUGUGUGUGCAAGAGUGUAUGCUAUGUACAUAGUUGGAGUGUGUUGAUCAGCGCAAGUCAGGGUUCAGUUCGGUGUCUUGGUGGGGAUUCUCUCUGGUUCGUCCGGUUAGGGGGGGUGACCUCUAGUUAAGGGGCCGAGCUGGUGGACAGUCAUGGGAAGCCGCUGGUGUACUGGUGCUGGGUGGGGUGUGUCAACUCCCUGUCCGUCGCGUCCAGUUUGCUAUGGUUGCAUGCUCGUCGAGUUGGUCAGGGUACUCAGUGUGGGAUGUCCGCCUGUCCCCCCCGUUGGACCUGACUGUAUUCCCCACCCAGGGUUUGGCUCCAGGAGCUGUCCACCUCCAAAGUGUCCCCCCCCUCCCAGGCCCCACCCCCGACCACCUGUCCGGGCCAUGGGUUCCCCCUAUCCCCUGACCAUCAAAGUCCUGCCAAUGACCUCCUGACUGGGGGGAAAGAAAAAGGUGUGCAGUGGGAAAGGAAGAGAGAAGAGAGGAGGAGGGGGGGGGGAGGGGAGGCUGGUAGGCGGACUCCUGUAUCUCAUAUGAUCACUGGAGGGGCGGAUCUAGAGCUUCCCUGGUUCUCCGCUACCCAGUGGCAGCCGUUCCUGCAGUUCCUCUCUGGGCUAUGUAGGUGCACCAAGGGAGCCAGGUGAUAGCACAUUUGUCUCCCGUGCCGUGUAGUGAUGCCGAGAGGGAUUCCAUACUGUAGAUGUCCUCCACACGUUCCAUCCAUUGCUCCAUCGACGGUGACUCCGUCGCGCGCCAUUUGGUGGGGAUGAGGGAUUUUGCCGCAUUUAGUAGGUGUUUGGUCAGGGAGCGUUUGUAUGUAGCUAUAGGGCGUGUGGUGUGGUGGAGUAGCAUCGGCAAGGGCUGGAACGGUAGGUCCGGGUCCGCGAUGCUUUGAAUUUUAGAAUGAAUUUGCUUCCAGUACUGCUGAAUUGUAGGGCACGACCACCAUAUAUGGUAGUCUGACCCACCCUCGGCUCCGCACCUCCAGCAAACGUCAGGGGUUUCUCGGUUCAUGCAAUGUAGUUUCGCUGGGGUUCUAUACCAGUUGACCAUAAUCUUGUAGUUAAGUUCCUGCAGUUUUGAACUGAGCGUGCCUUGGUGUGUUAGCACGUGGAUCUUCUCCCAUUGUUGGUCCGUCAGUGUUUGGUCUGUCGCUUGUUCCCAGCGGGACAUAUAUCGUGGUGGUGCGCGUGGUGUGGCGGUAAGCAAUAGGGUGUAGAGUCGUGUGAUUCCUUUCAGUGGUCGAUCCCUGGCCGCACACAUGUGCUCAAAAGUGGUUAGGUCUCUAUGAAAUAAAUGUUUGCCCACCGUGGUUCGGUAGAAAUGCUGAAUCUGAUGAUGGCAGAACCUGGUCAUUAGAGAGAUGGUGCCGUCUGGGAUCAGUUCCCUCAGUGUUUUCAGUCCCGUUGCGGCGCAUAGCUGUUUCAUGUACGUCCAGUCCGGGUCCCCGAGUCCCAACAACCCCCGGUCGUAGUCCGUCAGCGAUAUCUGGGUUAUGGGUAAUAGAGGUCAGAGGACCCGGCGUUGUAGUGAGGCCGUCCUUCAGGCGAGUGGCAGUCCAAACCUGCGUCGUGGCCCUGAUAAACGGGUUGUGGGUCAUUCUAGGGUCCUUUAGGGGGUGCGCUGUCCAUAUCGCGGCUGGCAGCCUUCGAUCCACUUGUACGUUCUCUAGUUCCCUCCAUAGCUUGUCUGAGUUUAGUGUGUGCCAGUCCACCAGCCGAAGCAGGUGGGUGGCCCUGUAGUAAUGGACUAGUGAAGGGAGGGCUAAGCCCCCCAUCCUCUUGGGCAGCGACAGGAGCGCCCCGUUAACCCUAGGUCGUCCCGUCUUCCACACAAAUUUUAUCAUCGCCGUAUUCAGCGUCUGAAAGAAGGUCCUGGGUAUCAUAAUUGGAACGGUCUGGAAGAGGUAAAGAAGCCGCGGAAGAAGGUUUAGUUUUAAGGCAUUGAUUCUCCCGAACCAUGAAAUGCACAGGCCGCCCCAAGUCGUCAUGUCGUGCUGUAGUGUGCGGAGAAUGGGGACAAAAUUCUCCUGGAAUAGGCGCUUCGUGUCUCCGUUGAGCCAUAUGCCAAGGUAUUUGAGCUUAUCCGCACACCACUUAAAUGGGUACUGUGUCCGUAGGUGAGUCGUGUCUGCGGUAGUUAGGUUUAAAGGGCAGGCUUCCGACUUCUCAGCAUUGAGUUUAAGGUUGGAGAGCAGGCCGUACUCCCGGAACCUUGCUAGUAGGUUCGGGAGAGAGAUGAGUGGGUUGGCCAGAAAGAAGAGGAGAUCAUCCGCGUAUGCCGCGACUCUCUGCUCCAGACCUUUAUAGGCGAAGCCCGCGAUUCCCCCAUCCCGUCUGACCGCCCCCAGGAAUGGUUCCAGGGAGAGGGCAAACAGGAGGGGGGACAGCGGGCACCCCUGUCUUGUGCCGUUACGGAUGUUGAGUGGCUGUGUUAGGGCCCCAUUGAUGCGCAUACGGGCUGUUGGUGUCGUAUAAAGGGCAGCUAUCCAGGUCAUCAUAUGGGGCCCGAAUCCCAUCGUACGGAGCGUUGCCAGCAUGAACCCCCAGUCCACCCGAUCGAACGCCUUCUCGGCGUCGGUCGAGAGGAGGAGGACCCCCCUCCGGCUGCUCCCCGCCAGGUGGAUCACGUUGAGGGCCCUGAUGGUGUUGUCGCGUGCCUCCCUGCCUGGGAUGAAUCCCACUUGAUCCGGGUGCACCAGGUCUGGCAGUACGCGCCCCACCCGUAGGGCCAGUAUUUUAGUGAACAGUUUCAAGUCAGAGUUGAGUAAGGAGAUCGGCCUAUAACUAGAACAGUUCGUCAGGUCCUUUCCGUCUUUUGGGAUAAGAGAGAUAGUGGCAGCCAGUGUAUCUCUCGGGAGGUGGCCGCCUUCUAGUAGGUGAUUCAGGGUUCCCAGGAGGUGUGGCAGCAGGAUGUCUUGAAACUUUUUAUAAUAUGCCGCGGGGAGGCCGUCAGGGCCUGGCGCCCUGUGGGCUCUGGCGAUCUUAAGAGCAUAUUUGAGUUCCUCCAGGGAAAUGGGUUCCUCCAUGUCAGCCCUUUGGUCGUCCGUGAGAGUCCGUGAGAUAUGUUGUUCCAGGUAGUGCGCGAUAUCGGUUUCACGCCUCUUCCGGGCUGCUGCUCCUCGCGUUUCUGGGAUGUUAUAUAAGUCCGUGUAGAAGUGGUGGAAGGCCGUCGCUAUUCCGUCUGGGCGUUGAGUGAGCACGCCAGUCUGGUCCCGGAUCUUGGUUAUGUGUGUGAGUCUCCGUUCCCUUUGCAGGCGCCUGGCCAGGAGCCUCCCGCAUUUGUCCGAGUAUUCAUAGAAGUGUCGUCGGGAUCUGCGAAUGGUUCGGAGAAGGCCCUGCGAGAGCAAUUGCUUGAGGUUUCUCCGCGCCUCCAGGAGUUCUCUGUAGGUAUCCUCUGAGAGGGUAGAUUUAUGUAAAGUUUCGAGGGUUGCCACUUGUUGUGCCAGGUCCGUGACUGCUUGCCUUUGGGCCGUCUUCCGUUGGGUACAAUAACGUAUGAGAUGGCCGCGGAUCAUACAUUUAUGAGCCUCCCAUAUCAUCGGUGGUUCCACGUCUGGGGUGGUGUUCUCCUCAAAGUACUUCUGCAGUGCGUCACCCAUCUCCACUGUCGCCUCCAAUUCCUCCAAGACCUGCUCGUUGAGCCGCCACUGCCUCUCCCGUGGCCUGUACAGCGGGGAGGCGAUCUUAGUCCAGACCGGAGCAUGGUCCGACCAGGUUGCCGUGUGGAUCCCACUGGAGUGCAAGAGCGAGAGGUAUUCAAUGGGGAGGAAGAUAUAGUCCAACCGACUGUAGCGACUGUGGACCGUAGAGUAGUAGGAGUAGUCCCUCCUCUGUGGGUGAACCACUCGCCACGAAUCCGCCAACCCCGCGUUCUUGAGGGCCACCAGGGCCUUGCGUUGGUAGGAAGCCGGUAGUGAGCUAGUUCCUAAGGAGGUGUCUAGCCGUGGGUCCAGGGCUAGGUUAAGAUCCCCCGCCAGGAUCAGCAGGCCCUCUCUGAAGCGGUCCAGGGCAUGUAAGGUGCGUGUCAGGAAGUGGUGCUGUGCCGUAUUGGGUGCAUAGACACAUGCCAGGGUAUACUGAUGUCCGGCAAUCGUGCCUUUCACGAAUAUAUAGCGGCCUUCUGGGUCCGCCAGCUCAGCUUGGCUUUGGAAAGGCACUGUGCGGGCGAUGAGAAUUGCCACCCCCGACUUUUUGGCAUGUGGGUGGUUGGCAAAGUAUCCCGUCGGGAAGCGGGUGUCUCGCAGCGUCGGUGCAUUUCGCCCCUGGAAGUGAGUUUCCUGGACGAAUGCCAGAGACGCGCGUGCCGCCCACAGGGUGCGGAGAAGGUGUGAGCGCCGUUCCGGGGCGUUAAGGCCCCUAACGUUGUUCGACCACAAGCAGAGAUCCGCCUGCUGAAAGUGACCUGCCAUCGUCCUUGGAUAUGGGGCGUGGGGGGGAGGUUAAACCGGUAGCUGUAAGGAGGAGCGUAGAGGGAAAGGGUGAAGAACGUAGUAGAGAAAGAGAGGGAGUAAAAGAAAGAGAGAGGGGUGGGAUCUGAGAGGGAGGGCCAGUCAGGAGUCAGGUCCCGGUGUAGGUCAGGUCCCGCAACCAGGAGUCAGCCCCAGGUCCCCUGUCUCACCCACCCCCGUCCCCGCACCUCGUCCUAGGUGUGUGGUGCCGGUAUUGGCUCGACGCACUUGGUGUGUACCUGGGGGGUCGGUCCAACUGUCGACAGUCGUCCCCAGGUCGCACCGUAGGUGUCUGUACAGGUGUGCGUCUGCCCGUGGGGCGUGUCUGUAGUCAAGGGUACGUUAUCUUGUCGUGUGUGGUACUGUGGUAUCCUCAGCCGUCCAUGGCCGUCACCGCCCUACCAGGAAGUGUAAUCCCCGUAACCGAAUACUGUGAAGGUGAGGGCAAUAUGUCAGACUAAUUGUGUGAGAGCCUUGUGGAUAGGUCUAUGACCCAGGAGGGACCCAAUUUCUGCAUCGUAAGCACACCCCGUGCCCCCUCCAACUCUUAUAUGAUCCCCUUCCGGGCUUACCAUGCGGGCCAGAACCCCCCCCCCACCCCCCAAGACCCACAGGCCCCCCCCAACUCCCACCCCCCCAGCGGCACCGGACACCCUCCCAAGGUCACAGUCCUCAGCUCCAGUUUAAUCUGCACUUUUUAUAAAAUAAAAAGAGGAGGACAAACUCCAGCAAUUUGAGCUUUAGGGGCCGGGGGUGUCCUGGUGAAGUCUGCUUGAGGGAGAAGAAUUACAUUUACAUGAUAAGUUCAAAUAAGUCCAUUCAGCCUAUAAAUGAUAUGUAAAUCCCACACUAGGUUGUAUUAUGAACUGAUCAAUUUGUAUCUACAAUGAGUAAAAGAUUGUGAUUUACCUCUUACACCCUCCCCUCCCCAAUGAAACAUUUGUAUUGAAAUUCAGAAUUGGUGUUUUUUGCAGAAUCCUCCCAGGCUCAUCCCCUCCACCCAAUAGCCCUUAAUCAGUAUACAGAGAGAUUUAGCCUUAAGUAGUAAGGAUGGACAGAAAGCCGCACAGAGCCCUUUUUUUUUUUUGAAACAUGGGUCGGUCUUAUUCUUUUAUGUAGGAUGGUAAUUCCAUCCACACGGGUGGAUUUUUUUUUCCCCCCAGUUCCAAUGAGUUUAAUUUUAGGUUCUGUAUCUUUUUUUCAUUUAGAGGACAUGGUGGAGGGUAUAAUGAGCUCACUGCCUCAAACAGUAAUGCCCUAUCAGACUUUCCAGUGUUUUAUAUGGCUUACCAAAGGCCAUGUUAGAGAACAGGAAGACUAAUGUAAUGUUUUGCCUACAGCGAACUAAUGUCUUGCACAGAUAACUGUGUAAUCUGUGAUCAAUGUUAUGAUUUGUUCUUCAUACUGUUACAAAAUUGUAAAAUAGGUACUAUAUGUGGCGAUCAAGCCAUGUGUAAUUAAUUGCUUGACUGGCUGUCCGAAAUAAAGAAUUACAUUAAAAAAAAUAUAUAUUUUUAUUUAGAUGAACGCUGUUACAACAAUAAUAAUAAUAAUAAUACGGUGUUCUUCAUAUGGUGAUGUCAAAGUUCAAAUAAAAACACUUAGAGUUUUUUGUUGCUUUUAUAAGAAAAGAAGAAGAAGCAGAGGGGGAAAAAAAACACCCUUAAACCCCCCCUUCUUCCCCAAUGGCUGAGGGGAAAAAGGCUCUGCCAGUGGAAGGUCUCAUGGGAUCCUCCAUAGACUUAAGUGUUGUACUGUUGUGCAUGCACAAGAGUGCAGCACGGACGUUGGCUCCUGCCAGAUGAAGCACCAGGAGCUAAAAAGGACCAAUGCAGUGGCCACAAGGUACAGGUUCAGGCAAGUAAAAUUUGCCUUUCCCUGCAGCCCUGGACACCAAAAACUGAAUAUUCGAGCUAGAACACUAAACUCCUAUUAAAAUAUAUAAAACUGGUAGUUGUAAUUUAAUGAUGAAGCUACGACUGACUUGAUCUGCCAGAAAGAAACCGUUAGACUGUUUUUAUUUAUUUAUAUAGCUUGCAGUACAUACAGUGACAGGAAAAAUGAGUUUUACAAGUUUGGUCCAGUUUGCAUUCCAUAAAGCCUAAAGGAUUCACUAUCUCACCGAUUAAAACAUUCCCUAUAAAAUACAUUUAAAUACACAGAAAUUAGUGACUUUUUUUGGGUAGGGAAAUGGGCAAUUUAUACAGAAGACUGAACUAUUCGCUAAGUUGUCAUUGGAAAGAGGAAUUGGUGUGGUAUGGACAUUUAAUUACAAUAUUGAGCGAAAUGGGAGCAGAUAGGAGUGAUGCUUUAAAGCAAGUGGUAAGACAUGACUUGCCCUUUCGGUGUGAGGAGUCCUGAAUUUUCUGUAUAUUUCACAGGCGACCUAGCGGGGUGCCAGAGGAGGAUCUACGCAGCCACCUGGUGCCAUACCUCCUGCAGCAGAGAGAAUACCUGCGGAAGAUUUUAAAGGAACAGAUCGAGGAGAAUGCCAAGUUGUCUCAAUCUGUGCUUGCGGGGAGAAAGAGGAUAGAACAGAUGCAGAAGGAGAUCGAGAGGAGGCAGCAGGCUUGGCAGGUGAGGGAAGAGGCAGGACCAUUGCAGUUAAAAGUACAAUACUAGACCAGGCAAUUAUCUGAUCAAUUGCUGCUCAUCCUAACUUGCUGCUGCUGUAGUGUCAAAUUGCAAUCACAGCAGUUGGUCAGAGAACAGAUACAUAAUUUAAAAAUAAAUAAAGUUUACUCUAAUGUAAUCGUUUAGAAAGCAAGAAGUGAAAAUUUGAUGCCCUUUAAAGAGUAAGUGCCUUAAAAGGACACUAUAGUCACCAGAACACACCAAAAAGAACAACAAAUUACAGCUUAUUGCAUUUGUUCUGAUGAGUAGAAUCAUUACCUUCAGGCUUUUGUCUGUAAACACGAUAUAUUUUUUUUUUCUGAGAAAAUGCAGUGUUUACAUUACAGCCUAGGGAUAACUCCACUGGCCACUCCUUAGAUGGCUACUAAAGGAGCUUCCUGGGCUAGUGCUGCACAGUGUGACUGACAUUCAGUGUCUGCACCCCCUGCAUGGAGACACCGAACUUUCCUCAUAGGGAUACAAUGAUUCAAUGCAUUUUUAUGAUGAGAUGCUUAUUGGCCAGGGCUGUGUUUGACUUGUGCCGGCUCUGCCCCUGAUCCUUGACAAGCUCAGCCAAUCCUAUGCUUUUCUAUAGGAUAGCAUGUGAUUGGGUUUUUAUCACCACUUCUGAUGAUGUCAGCAAAGAAGGCAGAUCAGGAGCAGAGCCAGCAGCAGACUGGAAUAAAAGUAAGAUUUUACUAUAUUGGAGGGGGGAGGUUGUUUUUAACUCUGGAAUACAUUUUUGUUCUACAACUGCUUUUCUUUUCUGCGUUUUACUACUGUAGUAAACUGUCUUCCUUUUAGAGCUGCAGAAACACAGAAAAUAUAGUUCUCAAUUUAAAUGAAAGUUGUAUUUUAAAUGGCUGGAAACACAAAGCAGGCAUUCCUAAUAGAGCAUGGCUUUAUAUCUCAGUCAGUGAUCAAAUAGGAAGGAAUGAAUUAGUCUGCUGGAAAAUACAGACUUCCUGAAUAGAGAGGUUUUUUUUUGUGUGUUAGUACAGUUUUCCUGAAUUAAGUGUUCUAAGGGUUUAUUAAACAAUAAAAAGGUCUUAUUAAUCUCUAUUCAAUGUUGUUUCUAUUUUAGGAGUUGAGUAAAGUACAGAGAGAGAUGAUUUUGUCUAUUCAAACCCCCAAGUGAGGACAUUCAUGGCACGAAGGACUUUUAGUAAGGAACGAUUGCUCUUACCAAGUGCACUACUCCACAUUACUUCCAGCUGGACAGACUAACAUGCUAAUCUUUGCAAUAUUCAGAUAUUGGUGUGACCAACGGAAACUGCUUGACAAAGUGCUGGAUAUCUUAUUUAUAUCUAAAAUGUUUUUUACUGUUAAUAAAAGUUAAUUUGCUUUCACGAUCCUUGUACUGCUCCUGCUUUCUCUGAUGGUUUUUAACAUAAGCC